AUGUACACCUGCUCGCUAUCGCGACCAAUGGAAAAGGAAACCGAAGACACCGAAGUCACGCCUUCACCAUCGGAGGACUCGUUUCUUGCACGAAGAAUAAACAUACAUAAACAGACACUAUGA